GGGCGGGUUUUGGGUUUUUGGCUCGUUCGUUCUGGUUCGGAGUCAGCGUCAGCGACAGUGGCGGUUCUCAGUGUGCCGGGAAACGCGAACGCGAGUUCGUGUAAUUAUCGAGAAGACCCACUUCCCCCUCUCUUUUCUCUUGUUCCCAAAUUAUUUUCUCGGGAAAGGGAAAGAAAAGAAAAGGGAAAGGAAAAGGAAAAGGAGCUGGUCGUCGGUCGAGGGAUUGGAGGGAUUUGGAGAGCGGGGGCGCGCGUCGGAUGAAAAGCACCGUCUUCCGAGGAGGAGAAGAAGGAGGAGGAGAAGGAGGAGAAGAAAGCAGACAGCCAUGAGUAAUAAGUCGCCGUUCAGGGAUUCUCUCAAAGCUCUCGAAGCUGAUAUUCAGCACGCCAACACUCUGGCCUUGGACUAUCCGAGGGAAAAUGGAGCGUACCUUCAGAUGAGAUUAUCUUUCAGUCCAGUUGCCCACUUAUUUCUUUUUCUUGUCCAGUGGACUGACUGUCACCUGGCUGGUGCACUUGGGCUGCUUAGAAUUCUUAUUUACACGAACUAUGCAGAUGGCAAGACCACUAUGUCUGUUUAUGAGAGGAAAGCAAGCAUUAGAGACUUUUAUGCAAUUAUAUUCCCUUCUCUGUUGCAACUUCAAAAAGGCAUCACAGAUUUGGAAGAGAGGAAGCAGAGAGAAGUUUGUUCUGACCGGUAUAGGAAGAAGAAAGAGUCACUUCGGGGGAAGUUCUCUGAACUUGACUUAGAAAGAGAAGAGGAGUGCGGGAUUUGCUUGGAGACGACCAGCAGGGUUAUAUUGCCUAACUGCUGUCAUUCUUUGUGUUUAAGGUGCUAUCAGAAUUGGCACGCACGAUCUCAGUCAUGUCCAUUCUGUAGGGAUAGUCUCAAAAGAACCAAAUCUGAAGACCUCUGGAUUUACACAGAAAAGCACGAUAUCGUUGAUUUGCCCACCAUUCAGAAGGAGAAUGCCAAGAGGCUGUUCAUGUACAUUGAUAAGUUGCCUCUGGUUGUUCCGGACACUGUCUUCGUUCCCCACGAUACUCAUUGUAGGUGAGUCGAUUGUCUACCAUACAGGCUUUUGAUGUACAGAGCUAGCUGAUAUUUAAGGAAAAUCUUUUGAAGUGCUGAAGUUAAUCUUUUUUCACUUCAAUGGGUGUUGACUCUUGCAAUCGCUGUAGUCUUCUGAAGCAUUGCAUCUUGUUCUGCCUCUCAGGUUACUCCAUUUACUUUUUUUUUUUUUUUGGGCUUCUGUUCCAUGGAAUCUAACAUGUCCAUAUUAGGAAACAUUGAAUUCAUGACGUUCACAGAAGUUGAAUGUGUACUGAGCUCA